AUGGACGUUUCCCUACUUCAAUCCAAUUUCGCCGCAAGCCCAGACUAUCGUUUCUGGAGACCACCUCAACUUGUGUGCUAUCAGGGUAAUGGCCCUCAAGGAACCAAUAUCGUGACUGCUGGUGGACUUAUUCAAAGCGGCAAUCACUUUUACUUGGUUGUCGUGGACGAUCUCUCGCUUCUUGGGUGGUCAUCAUGUGCAACGACGAGCUCAUCUACCAAGCUCAAAGACCAUCGCCGCUGCCUAACCAUGACGAGGCAUAUCAAUUAUCAUAGAAGCUCCCAGGAGAUUGUCGGUAUUAUUGGUCACCUUGUGCAUUUCUCUAUUGACCAAGGAUACGGACUUGUACGCUUAAAAUCAGAAUGGAUACGGAACGAUCUGGAAGCUAUCAAGCAGGACGCUAUUCCAGUUGACAGCUUCCAUACAUAUCUUGACACUCCCAUCGUCAUGGAUUUCGUGGAAUUCGUCACGGCAGGCGGGGAGCAAGUAACCGGUGUCGUCAUUGCCCAGCAAUCUUUUUGUGUCGAGGCUGGAAACUCGAAACGCAAGGUCGAGGCACUCGUUGUGAAUACAUCGAGUUACUCCGUUCGACCCGAAGACUGUGGCACUUGGGUAAGAAGAUCUGUCGCCUCCAACCGCCCAUUCUUGCUAGGUCAUAUCAUUGGCUCUAGUGACGAUGGUGGCAGUACUAUGCUCGUCCUGCCAUUUACGCACUUUCGGGAGGACUUGCGGCAAGUGGUGCGCCGGAGGGCCUUCAAUCUGUCUGCUUGA